ACAUUUUGACUGGACUGAAAUGGACUGCUCAGAUAAUACAGACAAUAAUAGCAAUAACGGAAACCCAGAAGAAAAUUCUGAUUUUGAAAUUAGUGACAUUUUGAACUUUUACACCGAAAAGGGGUCUGUAACUGACCCACAAAGUAUGACUUUCAGCAUUUCUGGCGAAGAACAUACUUUGGGAAAUGCUUUACGAUACAUCAUUAUCCAACAUCCUGAAGUAGAAUACUGUGGUUAUUCAAUCCCACACCCAUCGGAGGAUAAACUUAAUAUAAGGAUUCAAACAACAGAGAACACAACGGCAAUAGAUGCAAUGCGUAAAGGACUUGAAGAUUUAAAAUCAUUAUGUGCCAAAAUAUCUGAAACAUUUUAUAAGGCUAAUAGAGAUUUUGAUGAGAAAAAUAAUAUUUCUUAACAUUUUGUUAUACUAUUUUGAAGAGUCAAAUUUCUAAUAACUGUCUUUGUAUUUAGCAUAAAGAUUCUUUCUUUAGUUCCGCUUAUUUGUAUUUGUUAUAAUUUAAUGAUUUACAAGAUAC